UUCCACUGGCAGCCACCGCUUGGACGCCAAUGGUAGCCCCAUAUGGGAAGAAAGCCAUGGCCUCUCACAUCUCUCUAUAACGCCCUUCUCUCCCCAGUACAAACCCCACCCACUGCCCCUCUCCGCCUCUCUACUACUCCUGCCCUCUAAGGUAUCUGCUCCUGACAUCUCUGUUCUGAAUUGCUGUUAAUGCUCAUCUUAGUCUGAUUGGAUUGUCAGACAGAUGGCUGCCAGAGGACACCGACAACCAUCUUUUGAAGGACGAGCUGCCCAAGCUCCUGGGAUGAUGCGGCAUGGUCCGUUUCCUGGAUCGGGGCAUACUGUUGGCCAUCGCUCCUUGGAGACAGCUCCUCAUCCUGACAUUGCAGAGAACAAAAUGCUUGCUCAGGUAGCAGAAAUAGAACGACUUGCAGGAGAUAACCAUAGACUGGCUGCUACUCAUGGGGCUUUAAGGCAGGAGCUUGUUGCUGCACAGCAUGAAAUAUCAAGAAUCAAGGCACAAAUAAGGAGCAUUGAGACAGAAAGCGAUAUUCAAAUUAGGGUUUUGAUGGAGAGGAUUGCAAAAAUGGAAGGAGAUAUUAGAGCUGGUGAGCAUGUUAAGAAGGAACUGCAACAGGCACAUAUAGAGGCACAGAGCUUGGUCACUGCUAGACAAGAACUGACCACUCAAGUUCAACAGGCCACCCAGGAAUUGCAGAAAGCCAAUGCUGAUGUUAAAAGGCUCCCAGAAUUGCAUGCUGAACUUGAUAGUAUGGGUCAGGAACACCAGAGGUUACGUUCUACAUUUGAGUAUGAAAAAGGUUUAAAUGUGGACCAAGUGAGGGAAAUGCAAGAAAUGGAGAAGAAUCUGGUGGUCAUGGCCAGAGAGGUGGAAAAGCUGCGUGCAGAGGUCUUGAAUGCUGAGAAGAGAGCACAUGCUCCAAACCCUUACAGUGGUGCCUAUCCAGAGCCUUCAUACCCACCUCCUACUCAAGGCAGUGGUGCCUAUAUUGACAGCUACGGGAGGCCUCAUGCUCAGAUGAUUGCUGGGACACCGAGUGCAGGAAUGAUUCCAUAUGGCAGUGUAGCCGUCCCACCUGCUAGUAGUGGUGCUGCCUGGGGGGCAUAUGACCCCAACUCACAUACUCAGCAUUAAAGGAGGAGAAGCUGCCAUUAGAGCCUGUCUACAAGCUUUUCUGCCUUACCCAGCCCUGCUGGAGCAUUUACAAUAAAAUGCUCAGAUUCAGAUCCUUCUCUUGAAUUGCAGAAAAAUUUUCUUAUUUUGAUUAAAAUUCAGAAGUCAUAGACAUGGGUUAAAAUCAAAGUUAAGCAUACUUGGUUGACAUGUUUUGCAUAUUGGGGUCUGUCUAUCUUGAUGAGCUCUGCAAGAAUGGUUGUGUAUCCAAUGGGUUGGCAGGGAAGUAGAGUGAAAUUUAUGUUUAUAUAUGUGGAGCAAAGUAGAUAUGGUGAUUUAUUGAUCAGGGCCAUGAGAAGUGGGAAGAAAUGGAAUUCAAUUGGUUUUUGAAGUGGUUUUACUGGAUUUAUAAAUGUUCCUUGAGGACCAUGAUAUGGUCAAUGGUUCAUGAACCCUGAUCUACUUUGUCUAUAGAAUCGAAUGAGACAUGCUUUUAAGGUAUAUGUAUGUAUAUAUAAUUAAA